UAACAGCAACCAUUUUUAAUCUAUAUGUAGCCGGAAGAACCCGACGGGUGGUGGAGAUGGAGAUGCAGACGGAGACGGAGAUGGAGGUGGAGGAAAAGAUUUGUCGUUGUUGGAGGAUCCUCGAAUUCUACAGCGGCAUUGGCGGAAUGAGAUACUCCCUGCUUCGGGCUGGGAUUCGAGGACGCGUGGUGGAAGCGUUCGACAUAAACAACAUCGCCAACGAUGUCUACGAGCACAACUUCGGCCAUCGUCCUUUCCAGGGAAACAUUCAAAUUUUAACUCCUCUUGAUUUAGACAAGUAUGAGGCACAUGCAUGGCUCCUUUCUCCUCCAUGUCAACCAUACACUAGACAAGGUCUGCAGAAAGACUCAGCUGAUGCUCGAGCAUUGUCUUUCAUCAAGAUCCUUGAGAAUAUGUCACAUAUGAUGCAGCCUCCACUGAUGUUGUUUGUGGAGAAUGUUGUUGGGUUUGAGACUUCCAAUACCCACAAGCAUAUGAUGGAAGUGUUGGCUGGAAUUGGUUUUGUCACACAGGAAUAUAUUUUGAGCCCAUUGCAGUUUGGAGUACCAUAUUCUAGGCCUCGGUACUUUUGCUUGGCAAAGAGAAAACCUUUGUCUUUUCGAAACCCAUCCUGCAAUAACUUAAUACUACGGACACCCUCUCCCUUCAUGCCAUCAAAAAAUAACCAGUCAACAGAUGGGUCUGAUGGCAAUGACGGAAAUCAGGAAGAAUUCAAUAGUUCUUGUGAGCCUAUUAUAAACUUUUUAGAGACACAUUUUCUUACAGGAAAUCAGCAAGAAUACAUGACAUUUAGGUUUGGCACAGAGGUUGUUUCCUCCCCAGCUGAUGAAGAUGGAGGUGGGACAUACAAGAAUGCUUGGGACAUAUACUCUGUUGCACCAAGUUUGAUUGAGAGGUGGGGAAAUGCCAUGGAUGUAGUCUUCCCUGAGUCCAGGCGCUGCUGUUGUUUUACCAAGAGUUACUAUCGUUAUGUAAAGGGUACAGGCUCCUUAUUGGCUACUUCUGGGGACAUUAACUCAAGACUUGAAGCUCCCUCCUUGAUAGAGCUUGGCCUUCGGUUCUUUACACCCCGAGAGGUUGCUAAUUUGCAUUCUUUUCCAGCGGAAUUCCACUUUCCGUCACAUACAAGCCUAAGGCAACGGUACGCCUUGUUGGGGAACAGUAUGAGUGUUGCAGUCGUGGCUCCCUUGCUUCAGUACCUUUUCAGUGAAUCUACAACAUCGAAGAUACCCACAUUAUCAAAAGAUAUUUGCUGAAAAAUUUUGGAGUGGACCUUGCUAUGAAAAUUCUCAUCUCAAAUGACAAAGAAUCUGCAAGUGAGCACUUGCCCUUUUGUGAUCGGAAUUUCUGCGGUUUGAGAGACAGCUGGUUUGCGGUGUCCACUAGUUUUGCACAUUUAUCGGAUUGGGCGAACUUGUUAUACUCGGUUGAGGUAGAAUUUCGAUGAUGUAUACAACACAGAUUUCAUAGUGCCUAUGAGAUUUGUGGACCUAUUUUUCCUUGAUAUAUCUCUGGAUCCUACUCAUCCUCCUGCUUUCUCUAUGUCAAGAUAUUGCAGUUCGUGAUGAUCCUAGUUUAUGAUAUUGUGGAUAUAUCAAACUUGCAGACGCUAA